AUGUCGGGCGAGGCGUGGCUGUAUCUCCUGGCGGUCUUGAUAAAUGCCGUCAACCUGUUUCUUCAGGUGUUCUUCACUAUCAUGUAUAGUGAUCUGGAAUGUGACUAUAUCAACCCGAUCGAUCUCUGCAACCGCUUAAACACGUACAUCAUUCCCGAGGCGGCCGUGCAUGUUUUCCUCACCUUCCUCUUCCUCAUCAACGGAUACUGGUUGCCGCUUAUCCUCAACUUACCGCUCGUGGCAUGGAAUGCGAAGAAGAUUGUGGAAAACACCCAUCUUCUCGACGCGACGGAGAUUUUCCGAAAGCUUAACAUCCACAAAAAGGAGUCGUUUGCCAAGCUCGCGUUUCACCUCGUCAUGUUCUUCUUCUACCUCUACAGCAUGAUUGUUGCCCUGAUUAAGGAUGAGGCCAGCUAA